AUGACGCGCGUUAUUGGUAACGCUCAUUUAACGUUUGAGGAGAUGCAAACAGUUUUCUGCGAAAUAGAAGCAAUUUUGAACUCGCGUCCUAUCACCGCGUUAAGCACAAAUCCGAAUGCUCUUUCUUAUAUAAGUCCGGGUCACUUCGUGAUUGGCGCCGCUAUGAAUAGUCCCCCUUGUCCCGACCUAGGUGAUGUAAACGAGAAUCGCUUGGUACGAUGGGAGCGAGUGGAGCAGCUCAGACAACACUUUUGGCGCAGGUGGAGCUGUGAAUACUUAAAUUCACUACAAUCCCGUUCGAAGUGGAAGUCCGAUAAGGGACCUCAAUUGCAACCAGAUCAAAUAGUGCUCAUAAAACAGCCAAACUUAGCUCCGUUGCAUUGGCUUCUAGGGCACGUGACAGAGAUUCACGUCGGAGCAGACGAGAUUCCGCGUACUGCGACUGUUAAAACCGCCAAAAGUUCUUUUACGCGAUCUUUGUCUAGCCUCGCGAUAGUUCCCAUGGAGUCGUUGGACGCGGCUUGUUAA